CCGCUCCCGCCCUGCCCCGCGCGCCCAACCGCCGCCGUUUGAAGUGAGCUAUGGCGGCCGGCGCUGAGGCGGUGGCGGCGCUGCCCGAGGAAUGGCGGCUCUACUUUGUCCCCACCCGCAUCGCUACCUUCCGCAACUGGCCCUUCACCGAGGACUGCACCUGCACGCCCGAGCGGAUGGCGGCGGCGGGUUUCCUGCACUGCCCCGUUGAGAACGGGCCCGACGUGGCGCAGUGCUUCUUCUGCUUCAAGGAGCUGGAGGGCUGGGAGCCCGAGGACGACCCCCUGGAGGAACACAAAAAACACUCUGCGAGCUGUGCUUUUCUUUCCCUUCGGAAAGAUCCUACUGACCUGACAAUGCAGGAGUUCCUGAAGCUAGACAGAGAACGAAUGAAAAAUGCAAUUAAAAAAGAAAUUUCUCAAAAGAUGACUGAGGUUGAAGACACGGCCAAGAAAGUGCAUCAUGAAAUAGAGGAUCUGGUGUCCUAGGCUGCUGCAGCUUCUCACUUGCCAGUCACAUCUGUCUUGUAUGCGUGCUCUGGCACUGCCACUUUGACUGAAUGGCUGUGUUUCCCGAGACUGCUUUCAGAGUGGGUGUUUCAGACUGAGUUCUGCUUUACUUGCCUGAGUCUGUCUGGGAAAUACCUGGGGUUUGAUGCACUGCAUACCUUAUCUUUUUCUGCAGGGAUUCUCCUGUUCUUCCUGUUGGUUUAAUUAAAGAUCACUACUUGUGGUUUUAUUUGGUUUUUUUUUUAAACCCAGCUUUUUCCAUUUUAGAGACUAGUGCAAAAACUUGAAUUUCUUGCAAGAGCUGGCAGGCACUUCCAUUUUUAUACUGAAUAUACUGAUGCUUUUGGGAUACUUUUGGAAAUAAAAAGGGGAAGGAGUUUUAAAACUCCUUCAGGGAUUUAGGAUUGCAGCUAAUAAUGUCUAAUUACACCAAAUAUUAGUGUGUCUGGUAUCCUUGUAGACUUCUAUUUGUAGUUGGCUGCUGUCUCAUGUUAAUGCAUUUAUAAGUAAAUGUUUAAGGCAAAACAGCUAAGUAAUUUUACUCAUUUUUCUGGAGGAGAAGAAUCUGACCUUUAAUGUAAUGGGCUGCACUGAAUGCAGUUUUAACUUCAAAAUGGAAAAUAAAACUAAUGGAAGUAC